AUGGCCAUGUUUUGGAUCGUCAGCUGCUUGGCUCUGGUGGGCUCUGCUUUCGGUUGCGGAGUGCCAGCAAUCAAGCCCCAGGUGAGCGGGUACAACAAGAUUGUCAACGGAGAGAAUGCCGUGCCUGGGUCCUGGCCCUGGCAGGUGUCCCUUCAAGACGCCACUGGGUUCCACUUCUGCGGAGGCUCCCUUAUCAGCCAGUACUGGGUUGUCACUGCUGCCCACUGCGGUGUCUCCCCCUCCCGGCACCGUGUCAUCCUCGGGGAGCACGAUCGCCAGUCCAACACCGAGCAGAUCCAGGUCAAGUCCAUCGCCAGGGCUAUAACUCAUCCCUACUACAACAGCCAAAACUUCAACAACGACAUCACCCUGCUAAAGCUGUCUUCUCCAGCCCAGAUGACACCCCGCGUGUCCCCUGUAUGCCUGGCCACCUCCAGCACCAGUGUCCCCUCCGGGACUCUCUGCGUCACCACUGGCUGGGGCAGAACUGGAACCACCUCAAGUCCUCGUUACCUCCAGCAGGUGGCGCUCCCCCUGCUCAGCCCAGCUCAGUGUAAGCAGUACUGGGGCCAGAACAGAAUCACUGAUGCCAUGAUCUGUGCAGGAGCUUCCGGAGUGUCCUCUUGUCAGGGUGAUUCUGGCGGUCCUCUGGUCUGUGAGAGAAGUGGAGUUUGGUCUCAGGUGGGCAUUGUGUCCUGGGGCACUAGCAACUGCAACGUGCGUGCACCCGCCGUCUACGCCAGAGUGUCCUACCUGCGCAGCUGGAUCGACCAGACUGUAGCCUACAACUAGGAGGUGAAGAGCGCAGUAUAGAAAC